ACGUGUUGCUUCACAUGUAAACAUUUGAAGAAUAAUGAAUCAUUUAAUUGAUUGACAUGACACGCGCCUGUCCGUGAUCGUGCGUACGUGUGGAACAGCACAACUUCACGAGCUGUGUUGGCGGCCGAAUCAUAGGGCCGAAUGCAAGGAUACGUAAUACAGACUCUUGGAUGCUGAUUGGUUGACAUCGUAAACCACGUGAUCUGAAAAGCAUUUCUCCUUUUACUACACGUGCAAUUUUUGUUUGAUUACAGAACACUGACGACUGACGAGUAACAACAGACCGAGGACGGUGAAAUUUUUAGCGAAACAACAUAUAAUUCAUCUGUUUAAUACUGAUUUAGUAACCAGAUAUGUUUUUACUCGAGGCUGAAUCGAUGGACUGCACGAGUUAUCUUUUUGAAAGCGGUUUUGCAGUGAAUGUGGGUGAUGGUCCUGGACAGUCCUCUAUACAUCUAGCGGCAUGCGGAGAUCAAGCAUUUUGCUUGCUGUGGUUGCUCCAGACCGGCGCUGAUGCAAACGAACAGGAUGCAAAUGGAGAGACACCCAUGCAUAAAGCAGCCCGAUCUGGAAGUGUGGAGUGCCUAAGUGUGCUGAUGGCGAGUGAUGCAAAACUCAACAUCUGCAACAACUUUGGACAGACUGCCGAAGAUAUAGCUUGGUCCUGUGGGUUUGAGGAGUGUGCCAAGUUUUUAAAUACACAACGUAGAACACAAGACUUAAGAAACAUCCCAUCAUUAUCCUCAUUGCCGGUCAAGCCAAGCAACUCUUUGGCGGGGCAGAAGAGAGGGCGCACCAUGUCCGACACCAUAGAAUGCAAGAAAGCUUGCGAAUGGUCAUAG